AGCUUGGUGUUGGUUUGAUGCUGCAGUUUUUGUUCCCUCCAGCAGGGAUCUUCUUGAUACUCAGAGGUCUCAAGAGGAAUAAGAGGUAGCAGUUUCAUCUUCUGGCAGCUGUUCAAUAGCAGAAAGAGGUUUAAUGAUGUUAGGAGACAUGUCCGAGUCCUGUCUGCUGUCAACUGUUCAUUUGAUCAUGUAUCAGAAAAUGUUGCUCACAUACGUUACUGCUGCUUUCUGUCUCAAGAUUGCAACAUGUGACUGUGACAUAUGAUCCUGACCAACCAUAACAACAAAUAAUCAAUGCACAAGUGGAGGCAAGUAAAAUAUGUUGGGAUUGUUUAAGAGAACAACAAUUGCAUCGGGCCAAAAUCUAAAAAAUGAUGUGCCUUAUGUCUGAUGUAAGAUAUAGAGCUUCAUUUUUUAACGAUAGCUUUUCUGUGGCGGUCUUUUCCAUCAGUUUCAUGAUGAGUCCCUUUUGUUUUACUGGCAUCUGUUUGGUAAGUUCACCAUAUCAAAUAGUGUCAUUGAAGACAAACCCAUGCCUAGCCUGGUAAACCAUUUUUUUCUCAUUUGGAGUCUCUUUUGUGUCUUUCUUUCUUCUGCAAGAAAAAUCAACUCUGCACCAGGAAAAAGCAACUCAAAAUUCUGUUCUACCUUUAAAAACUGGUAAGUCCCUGAACUAGAUUCACAGUUGUACUUUUUGUUAAGUUGUCUGUUCUGUGUUUUAUCGGUAGAGACAUAACUGUCAAGUGACUUCCUGUCAUGCUGAUGGAGAACAUAAAGUACAUGCAUGUAAACAUUGAGUUGGCAGUCAGCUGUGAUGUGUGUAAGUGCAAAGUCUGAUGUGGGGUUAAAUCUUGACCAGGCUGAAGAAGGAACGAUGUGUCAAAUGGCCUGAACAAGACAGCAGAGGAGUACUGUGUUAAAUUAGUGUGCCGCAUACCUAAGUGUGUGUGGUGUCUGUAUUAGAGUUUGUGUGAACAGAAGUGUGUCUGUCACUACUGUUAGAUCACAGCAAAGUGAGAACAACUGUACUACCAGACUGCUGGAUCUAGUCAAAUAAGUAAACAACACACUCACACACAGGCAUGCGGCAAUGUUCACUCGUCUUCACAGCAGAGAAAACUGCCACAUGGAAAUGAAUAACUAGUUCCUCGGUCUGAUAAAGAUCAAGGGCUUAAACUGAUGGAUUAAUGGAAAUAGGAUGAAGAAUAGAUUAAAUGUGUAAGACAGGGGAAAAGGGUGAUUAGUUUGGCUUUUGGAUUUAGAGACAAUCUGCAAAGUUCAUGGAAAUUAGCAAUGAAGUGAUGAAGUAUAAGAGAGUCAAACUAGAAACAUACUACUGUACCAGGUCAUGCAGCAACAGAUCAGGACGGUUGACUGUAUUUUUACAUUUACAUGUGAGAUCCACCAGCAAGCACAUUACAACUAAGAAAUGUGAAAUACAAUGUGAAUUCUGAACAUCCGACAACAUAAGAAUGAGACAUGAGCAAGUAUAUUACAGUUUUGGCUUUAUUAAGAGUUUCAAUAAUAUAAACAUAAGAGUGAUUUAAAGAUGGUGCUCUUAUUAUGACUUUUGUCACCAGGCCUUAGAUUUUACAUUCAAGCAAGCAUGUGAUGUCUCAGAAGUAAUCAAUUGGAGCCUUUGUGAAAGUCUAGACAGAACCAAAGAGUUGUGUUAUUAUUCACAAUCAUCCAGUCACCAUUAAAGCCAUGAAAUUACAGUAGUCAUCACCAAUGUUAGUGCUUGAAAUUUAUGUGGAACGAAAAAGAAACAUGAGUCACAUGAGACGAGGAAACAGAACAAAAAAGCAGUGACAGUGUGAGCAGAGCCGUGACAUUAAGAUGGACGACGGAUACAGAAGUGUGUGUGUGUGUGUGUGUGUGUGUGUGUGUGUGUGUGUGUGUGUGUGUGUGUGUGUGUGUGAGCGCGUUGUGUGCAUCUUGUGUGUGCGCGCGUGUGUGUGUGUGUGUGUGUGUGGCAUGUAGCUGUGACCUCUCACAGCAUGGUGUUAGGUCUUCAGAGUCACAGUGCUAUUGUGCCCUGACCUCUUAAAUUACAAACAGUCAAUAUUAUUACACACACACACACACACACACACACGGACAUUUCUGGUCCAGGUGGUCAGCAUUGUGUCAUUGGGGGGGAGGGGUUGUUAGGGGGGAUCAUGGAUCACUGCAGGAACCAAUUGACUUCCAUUAACACUAACCAACCAGUAGUCAAUACCUGCUAAACUCACACAGGGAUGUGCAGACAUGGCGAAGUCGAAGCAGGCCUGUGUUUUACUUACUGUUCUUUGAUUGUAAAUUUCAUUUAUUUCAGAUUUGGUUGGAUCAGUCAGUGGAAAUUAAGUCGGCCCUCAAUACUGUUUAUAAAACUUAAUGAGUUUUCUUCUUCACUUAUUCAUCACCUCUGAAGAUUUGAUCGUUUUCUGAGUCAUUUCUACUUUCAAUAAUCCUGUGAUAAGUAAAUCAGUCUCAUGAAUUCAACGGCUCUAGCUUUCCUGGAGAGUGAUUGCAUUUAUAUUAAUGUGUUUGCUUUCAUGAACAAGUUAUUAAGCCCUCGGUUUCAGCUAACUCUGUGUGGAGCAGCCUGACUCACUCAUUUUCAAUGCUUCGUUGACUUUCACAGCUGGGUCAAUAUGCCAUAAUGAAGCUUCUCCUCAGGCGACACACAGACAGAUAUGCAUCUUUAUUCUACAGACAACCCCAUCAGUACAAGAGGCUUUUUUAUGCCAAGAUUAGUAGAAAUUUCUGUGGUUGUAACUUUCUAACACUUUGUUUUGAGUAAAGAUAAAGGGAAAAGAGUUCGGUUUUCAUUACCUCUCAUCUGUAUAUUUAGUCAUCAGUUUGUUUGUUCACUUGUACAAAAUUUUAUAGUUGGCACUAUAUAGUCGAAUUUACAACUAUUUAUGUUCUUUUAAGUGUAAUGGCAUCAACUGUAGUGAGCAGUAUGUAAUUAUCCCAAAAAAGCCCUGAGGGCUGCUGAAUGAUGCCAUAAAACUCUGGUAGGUUUCUGUAUUCCAGCGGUGUUGAGCUACAACAAUGACUUGCCUGUUAAAGCAAAUAGGCAGAGGAGGAGCUUAAGCAAACACAGUUAAAAACUAAGAAGUUAAAUGCCUGUUUAUAAACGCAUCCAUGCAGAAAAUCUUAUAUCAGAUCUAUCGCGUUAUUUCUGUCAACUCAGAAAUAGAGAGAUAUGAUCACAGUGAUAACCUGAUGAGCAGGAUUUAAAACUUGGUCUAAUGGCUUUUUCAAGCAGGAUUACACUGCUUAUAGUUCUGUCAGUAAGACAGCAUGUUAAUACGGAAAGUAUAGGCCACACUGUCCAAGAGAGAAAUCAUAUGAACCCAUUAAGAACUACUUAAUGCUUCAGUUGACGUAGCACAUGAAUCAGACGCCGAAGCUGUCAGCUUUUAUGGGAUAGUUUCAGUGCGAUUAAGGUCCAAAAACAACUUGUUAUAUUAUAAAACCACAUUAUAUUUUGUCCCUUUCUGCACACUGUAGUUAGGCUGCUUUAGCAUCUUCCCACAUGCUUCUGUGAUAGAAAAUAAUGACACUACUGUGCUUUUGAGUGGCAUAUUUCAGUUUAAAUAAUUCCCAGAUUGCUCAGCUGACAGGUCAAAAGCAACAUGCACUUUGUGUGUAACAGAAUUAAAUUGUAAUUUAAGUUCUUUGUGUGUGGACUGUCAUUUAUGAGCUUAGCGUACAAGCAUAGGGGUUGAGGAGGGGAGAGAAGAAGGACUGACCACCAAGAACGCCGAAAGAGGAAGGAUGUCUUCAAACAGCCUGGAAUGAAAUUUUAGAGUUUGGAUUUUUUUGUUACUCUCAAAAGUGGAUAAAAUCUGUCUAAAUAAACAACGCCUAAGACAAAAGACGGACUAAGCAGGUCACAGAACUGAGUUUUUCACAACUUUUGUUGUAAUACAGAGGGUAAGCACACAUCACAACUCAGAAAUCUGACUUUGAACCUAACUUGAACCAUGCUUUUGAACUACCACAUAAUAAUGGUAAAUAAAUUAAGCUAAACAAGUGAGCCCUGCAUAGCAGUACAUUACUUUCGAGGCAAACUGAGAUUAGCCACAGCCAGUAGAUUCUGAAUUGUAAUAUACAGCCAGGGAGUCCUAAAUCCUACCACCAGAGCAUUAAACAAGCAGUCGAUUCAUAUAAUCACAGAGACAGCAGACAAAUGUGGAAAAGUCUUCAAGAUAUAAGAUCCUGCACAGCACCAUGUUAGUGUGGUGAUUAGCACUGAUGUCUAAAGCCAAAAACCCACAGGACCUGUAUUUGGUGCGUUCUAGCACUGUCAUGUUGCAGCUCCAUCAGGCAGUGCACAUCAUCAAGUGUGUUUGGAGCAUAGCAGCAGUGUAGCGCAGCGUAUGGGUUGCGUUGCACACAACACUGACUGAACGCACUUAACACACAUCUUGUGGGUCUGCUCUUUAUCCAACCAAGACUAUGUGCCAUGUGUGAAAUACCCACUGAAAAUGGGAAGUUCCUGGUGUUAUGUUAGAGGCAGCGUCAAUGACUUAUUCUGCAGCCAGCUUUGAGGGGGAGCUCUACAUGUUUUGGUGUCACAGUGAGUGAACGCUUUAAUAUGUGGUCUUUGGUCAUGAAAGGCCAAUUUCAUGACAUAAUCAAACAGAUACUGAGAUAUUUCAGUUUGGAUCAUUGAGAUUGUAUGUAUUUUGGUAUUUAUUUUACCUUUAUCUUCAGUGAUCUCUGUUAGACAUUAUUCCCUCUCAAGAACUCGUACAUUUUAAAACUCCUCAAAUUAAAAUGUUGCAGAUGGUAAUUGCUUUUAUAUAGCUACUCACGCAUGUAAUAGAUACUACACUGACUCAAGUAACAAGUACCACAAAUCUGGUUCAGAGUGAACGUACCUAAAAUAUCUCCUUCCUUAUCCUUGCUGAUAUAACCCACCUCAUCAUCAAACUUCACCAACUUCAAACAGCACGAGAAAGUAAAAGCAAUAAAAGACAAGACAGAAACAGCAAAAAAAGCCAUUAACUAUGUCAGAUAUUUGCAGCCAUUCAAGCACAUUUUCCCACACACUCAAGUAUUGAUUGGUAUUGAUCGCAUGUAAAUCAUAUUGACCGUCUCAGCCUUUUGUCUGUCUGUAUUGAUGUGUCCUCACGUGUAAAACAAUGUGUGCCUGUGUUUGCUGUUGGUCUUUCGACAAAUUCUUCUGAUUGACUAUGAGAAAGCUAUGUUUUUAAGUAAAAAAGGUGAACUGUGUGAUGCAAUGCAGAGAUGACGGUAUUUUACAACCUGAACAUAUUAAUGUUGAUGUAUGUUUGAGUCUUCAAGUACCAUUUAUUGUUAGAAUAGCUUUACUUACUCAUUUGGUCAGAAUAUGACAACACGUUGAUGAACAGAAAUAUAUGUGUCUAUACAACUUUAGUGCAUUGCAAAGAAAAUGCAAGAAACUUCACCGAACAUUAUUUAAACCAUUUUUAAUACAUUUUCUUUGAAGGUUUCUUUUCAAUGCAAAGCUCCUGCUCACAUUUCUUUUUCUUUUUUUUUUUUUUUAUAUUUUCUAUUAAGGUAAACACAGAGCUCCUGUUCAUUUUUUUACAUAAAUGGUAUAGACUGAAAUUCCCAUUAAUGUAUUUUUAUGACAAACAAAAGCAAACAGGACUAUCUGAAGGAAGACUGAUAAUUGUUGGGUUGUAAUUUUUAAUGCCUAAAACUGACACAAGUGGGUAGGUGUCAUCUGAGCAGGUAAAGAGACAGUGCUGUUUUUACAAUUGACACAAAAUUGACACAAUAUAUCACAAUAAAAGAUACAUUUCACUAUCAAAAACUUGCAGCGGGAAAUUUUGUGAGAAGAAAUUUCUAAAGCACGUAGAGGACAUAAUAAGCAAAGACUGCGCUGUCCACAGGGGCUAGAAUAAUAGACUGGAGUUAGUUAUCAAUAACACAUUUAACACUGGAGUUAAUACACAUAUAUUUCUGUUAUUGAGCUGUAUUAAAUUGUAUGUUCUGUUAUUGUUUAUGUAGUUUGGGAUGCAGUUGUGAAAAGUGGGCAUGAGUGUGUCUGUGUCAAUAGUGGACAAAAAUCAGUAUACAGUGUGAGGAGUCUUUAUUGUGGUAAAGAAGAUGCCCUAUGAAAGUCCAAAGUACUUCAAAACAUACUUCAGAAAAAUACCUAGAGAUAAUGUAUUGUGAAGUGCAGUCAAGAAGGUCAUUGCUGCAGAUCACCUCAAUGUCUUACCUUUAUAAAUGGAACAUCUAAGAUUUUCUUCCAAGCUGAAAUGAUUAACCUAAACUUUAUUGCAAUAAAAUAUGAUGUCCAUCUUUAAAAAGAUCCAGUGGGAAACAGAAUGAGAGAGAAAACAUUUUAUUUAAUAUUAAUUGAAGUUUUUGCUGGCUGCUUUUGUUUCUCUGAUUCAUUUAACUUGGUGCCAGUGGUGGAGGACAACAGGCAGAGGGAGACAGAGGAGUGAGAAAAGAGCAGGGUUAAAACCCCUCCCAACCAGGAGGAGGACCAAGGUCUGGAGGAGGAGCCUUAGUCAGUGAACACAGAGAAAAAACUUAUAUUGUAGCCGAGAGACAGAGGGAGAGGAAGGAAACCCUCACAGUGCAGGCAAAAGCGUUUUUCUCGGUGGACUUUGUUUACCUCCUCUGCUGCCGAUCCCACUCGGACGAGGAGGACUAUUCAGCUUUUCCUGUCGAGGAGACGUCAGCGCGAACGCCAGGAUUUUCUCUGUUUUUAACUUUUCACUUCAUGAAGUUUGUUCGUCUUACUUUGGACCUGUGGAUUCUAUUGAAAUUUUGUUGACAUUGCUCAGAAAUUUUCAAAUAUCUGCCAACUUGUCAUCGUGUGAUUUUCGGAGGCUGCGGUGAUGUCUCGCCAUUGACAUGCACCAUCCGUCCAGGUGAGUUGUUUUGUUUUUCACAGUGACUUUACAAAAAGUCACUUUUCCUCUGCGACCACCGGCAUGUCGGCAGUCACGCCGCGCUCUACUACAGUUUCAGCACAUUAAUUUUCUUUAAAGAAACAAUAAACAGACGACAGCUUUGCUUUCGCAUUGUAAUGCACACAUCAUUUAUUGUUAUUUUCAUCUUAAUUGGGGAUGGUGAGUUUGCGUAAAAAUGACAUCUAAAAGCAUAAACUCCAUUAAACACGCAGUAUCGCAACACUCUUACACGGUAACACAGAGACUUUGCAUGAAACGGUCUUUUCCUUAUCGUGGAGGUUUUUCUCUGGAAUCUCUGGAAAUUUUUGGAGUUUGUUCUUGCGUCUUGCAGUGAUCCUUUGCCGUGCCGGUUUGUUUGGCAGCGGUGCGCGCGCCCGUUGUCUACGACUCCAAAAAAUCCAAGACUUGAAAAAGUGUGUGUUAAGUGUGUGCAGACUUUAAUGCAAACGAUAAUGACAAUACCUCUGUGAACAAAGUGAGCAAAUUAUCAGCACAAAAUGUUUCCUCUAUAAAAGAGGAGCAAACUUUUUUUUUUUUGGAGGAGAUACCAUCUCCUUUGUCAUGAUCGAGGUCAGAGGGUUCAGCAGCAUGAGAAUUUACCAAUUUACACUUAGUAAGACGCAUGUCGGCCCUCCUAUCUGUCAUUUUCCUGGUAUUGACACUCGUGAUAAUAGUCUGUUACCGGACUGUGAAUAAUCCUGUUGCCAUUUUAUUACACCUGUAGGGACUCUGCGUACGUGUUUUAAAGUUCACUCGCAGACCUGAGGGAGGCGCGCGUGUACUACUCGGUUCGGAAACAAAUUCGACACAAUUCCAAGAGGUACACACAGUUGAACAUUCAGCACUGUGACAUCUUAUCGAAUGUCUUGUUUACUAGUUUUCUGUCAUUGUGGCUUUCCUCUCCUUCACGCAUGCCUUUCCCCUCACGGUGUUGUGGCCACCGAUGCGUUUUGAUGCCAUUAGUCUUAAAUAAGCAGCACAAAACAUCUCAUAUCUAUUCCCACAGCGCUUGGGUGAACAGCAAAAACCAUUAAGACAAAGUAAAUGUAUUCAUGUGGCUAAAGGACGGACGUCACGUUCAGUUGAGGUGCGGUUUCUGUCCCUUCUGCGUGCGUAAAAAUGCGUAAAAUGCAAAGGCAUCGAUAGCCCGCUGCAAUAAAAGUGUUUGGAGCAGUGUUGGCGGAUUGUAGGUCAUUGCCGCUGGGAAUCUGUGCGUAUUAGGAAGCUGUAGUUUAAUUUGGACAAACAGGAAGUUUAGUCUGAGCACUGGCGAUUAAAACUUGGAAAGUCGAAGAUGAGACAGUAAUUUUGUAAGUAUUUGUUUGAACAAUAUGAGCAUCUUAACCAGGAUAACUUAUCCUCGGCUCACCAAGUUCUGCAGCAGUUUUCAGAAAACCGAAAUGCCACAAAAUUAAAGAUGUUUUUUCAGACCGAGUCUCAAGACGACAUAUCAUCCACUCCAGCUCCUUGAGACACAAAUCUUUGAGGCUGUUUUGUGACGCAGCGUAAGUUGCUCCAGGCGCUUCCUUCAUGCGUGAUUAUUUUUCCCUCCACAAGUCACAAAGAUCUGCUACAAUCAGCAACUUCUGCCAAACAAUGGAGACGCACCAGGGUCACUUUGAGCAGGAAACUAGGGCCUGUAUGUAUCAGCUGAAACAGGACCUUAGUAUGGUUUCAAUUCUUGAAAGGAUUUUCUAUUUAAGUAGUUCGUUAUUAGUACGCGUCCUAAAUAAAGUUGCUCUUUUGCGUGCCAGUUAUAGCAAUUUUGGGUUUUUAGGGGGAAAACCUGAAUGUGCGAGUCUUAACGCGUCCGUGGGCUGGUACUUAUCAGCUGCUGCUCCACACACAGCCGAGACGUGAGGCUGUUGGGGGAGAGAGAUGAAAACCAAGGCUGACGGUGCCGCUCUGUUCAUCCAACAGACCACCAAACCGGUUCGAUGGCUCGCCCACAGUAACAGCUACACAGGGUACCGGAGGAGAUCCACCACAAACCUCGCGUACAGACAAGGGCGGCGAGCGAAGUUUGAGCCGCAGCGAGUCCGCAGGAGGAGGAGGAGGAGGAGAGCUGGACUCACCGUCCUGGUGCAGAACCAGACCCGUCUCCCCUCUUGACAGCCUCGGUGUGUUUCAGAAGAGGUCUAUAUUCCACCUUCCUCGCCGCGCCUCCAGUGGAUAUUUUUCAUCCGACGGUGAAUCGCUUCCGAGCUCCCCGCUCUCUCCAAGGCCACUGACGGCUGACAAAGCCACACAGACUCCGAGCUCCACCGCUCAGGUGAUGCAACACGCCCUGCAGCGCAUGGCUGAGAUGCACGGCGGAGGACCGGGGACGCACCAGCAGUACGGUGAGCACUUUGCAUACUUGACCGAUGACUAACCGUUCUUACUGUGCACAACCGGCAGCACAUGGAGAAACUCAGACCAUAAGAAUCCUUCUAGAGUGAUAAAAGUGACAUGUACACAUACACAAACAGACUGCUAAUGCACGGAAAUAUCCACAAUGUUGAAAAAGGAAAAAAAAAAAAAAAAACUUACUCUUGUUAUCAUCAGCCUGAAGUCCUUCUUCCCCUUGUUAUUGUGGCUUGUAUAGUCAUUUGUUUGUGGGUAAGAAUCCGCAUUUCAUAAAAGAGUAAGAAGUGUUGUAGAAGGAGUUGCAGUCUAAAUGCGCAAAUACAUGAAUGCAUCACCCUGUCACCACAUUACAAAUACAAUAUUUGGAAGUUCACCGGCUGAAUCAGCUAAUAUAAGCCACUCUGGCUGAUUUCACUCUGAAAUUCAGCAGCUUUAAGCUCUAGUGUGUGGGUGUUCUGCAAAAUAUGAAACCAGAUAUGAGCACAGCGAAGCUCUGAAGCUACUUUUAUCACAGACUCGCUCUGAGGGAGUGGUGUUGUUGAAAGUUAACAGUGAUAUUUAAAAUAUGAACAACACAUUCAGGAUGUUUUUGUUCUCUCUUUUCAACUAGAUAUUACUCAUGAGGGAAGAACAAGCUUUUUAUCUUUACUCCAUAGUAGCCUCACAUUUGUUUCACACUCUGAGUUACUGACUAAUAAGUGCCGCACCUCACUACUCAGGCCCUCAGAGGAAAUCUAACAAAUUCAGGGUGAUACACGCAGAUCCACAAGCACACUUACUCCACUCACCAUAGUUGGCAGACUGAUUUUUACUACAUUGUGGUGUAACUGCUCUUCCUGGUGAGUAAUAUCCACUCUGAGUAAAACCCUCCUGGAUCCCAAAGGAAACAUUUAAACCAAUCACACAUGCCUCAUUUCAUAGGAGAUCAAAUAUUUAUGAGUGCAGAAUAACUGCCAAGAUAUACAUCUUUUAAAAGAAUCCAGAUUUUGAACAGGAUGGACCUCACUGAGUCAUCUACCUUUGCAUAAAACAAGUGAAAACAUUUUCUUCUCAACAGCAAUCUACAUAAAACAAUGUCUUAUUCAGCUGUCAUGAAGUUGUCUUACCACUUCCUCGGUUGUUUAUCCCCAUCAUCUGGUUUGAAGAUAAUUUAUGCCUUGGACAAUACUAUAUAAUCCCGUAUAUGGAAUAUUUUUAAUGUUUUUUCAUAUCUAUAUUUCUUUCUUUGCCUCUCUUUGUGAAUGAGUUUGAUGAGGUGUGUCUGUAGGUCCUGGUAGAGGAAGCAGCUGAUGUUGAUUUGCUGCCUUAAACUCACAGUUUUAAGGUAUCUUGCUGAGUCAGAUUUACAGGAAGGAAGAGGGGUCUUGAUUUCUCGCUCAGCCUACCACGCCCCUCUGUGUGUAUGUUUGUGUGCGUGUGUGUGUGUGCGCACCAGCCAUCACAGUAAAUAAAUUGAAUUAGUAGCCAAUCUAUGUGGGGGAAAAAGUACUUCACUAUUUUCAGUACUGCUACACCGAGUGGCGAACAUGUGGAUCUUCAUGUUAUCUUUUCCAAAACACACGUCUACUACUGUGCAUUAAUGUACCUUUUGAGAUGUUAAAAACAAAUGGAGGAUCAUACUUAUGCAUCAUAGGAGCUUUUUAGGGCUAUGGCAGAAGUCAUAACCCCAAUUCGUUUGAUUGAAAUCAAGAAAACUUCACUUAAAAUCCCUUAAAAACUUUUUAAAACCUCAUUAUUCUGAACUUUUUGAAAAAAAAGUCUUCCCUUUUAGCCUGGCAGUCAUCAACCCUUUAACAGCCUCUUUUUUCGUCACGCUAACAAUGUCCUUUUCAGGCAAACACAGUCACACACCUGCUGCUCCUCCCCCUGCUCUCCUCUCGCCCCCUGUGGCUACAUAAUUGCACUGACGCAGAGCACAUGUUGAACGAUGUUGUCCACGAUGAACUGUAGCAGCAACCACAACUUCCUCAUGCUCCCAAACUUUAUUGCAUGUUGACUCCCGCACUUGUUGAAGUGAAACUAGGAGCUGUUUGAGGGGAGGGACAGAGCGCACGCUCUGCUCUAAAGGUGGAGAGGGAGGGUGUGCGUCAGUCACCCAACAGGACAAAACCAGCCCAGCACGCCUGGUGGAACAGUACCAUCCAGUCUUGAUUAUCAUAUUUCUAUGUGAUUGUGGGGGACCUUUACAAUAAAUCAAAAUUUAAAUCUGAUUGGUUGGCCAGCUCUGUUUGUGGUCCUCCAAGGCCACUGUUGCUGCACUGAUGUUAUUUGGCAGUAAGUAGCAUUGGGCUAACGUUAACAAACAACAAAUCCAGAGUUUCCUGUCGCCUCUGGCAGGUGUCAAGAAGUAGGACACAAUAUUCAAGGAGAUACUGCAGAAGCCUCAGUGUAGUGUUUAGGGGCAGCUAAGUCAUUUUUCACUCUGUAGCUAUUAAAGUCCUGCUUCAUUUUUUUUUACUAAUUAAAGUGUUAUCAGUGGUAUUUGAACUGUGAUUAAGUUUUUAGCCAAAAUCACGUUACCUGUGUCGUUUUCAAGGGCUUUUCUUCUGCAGAGCUCCAGUAGCUCAUUAGCAAUUCGCCUCUGAGUUGUGGGCGGAGACAGCCCUACUCUGCACACUCGUCUUCAAGUUAGCUUGCAGCCUAACAUUGCCGGUGUAGGUAAAAGAAACAGGUAACAUAGGAGCUAGUCAGCUCUGAGACACUAAUGUCUUUGGGGGCAUGAUGAAAGUUAACAUCAUAAUUAGCUUUCUUACGAGCAUUUCAAUCCGCUAACACAGACGCUUGUUCCGCGAUCAUCCUCUCUAUUUCUCCGAGCCUGGCCUGCAUAGCGGGGCUCUGGGGGAGGAGCUUGGAUUGGUUACAUAUGACAGCUCACUGUAUUUGAUCCUGUUGUUUGGGUUUGCCAGAGAUUCACAGCGAUUUAAAUGCAGAAAUACUCAGAAAUGCAAUUUUGCACUUCUUUUUCACAUGAUAUGUCCUGUAGCAUCAGAAAAAUGCCCUGUGAACAUGUAGACAACUAGAAAAACAUGAUUUUCAUUGGAGCAGAUCUUUAAAAAAAUGGGAUUCCCUCUAUUUUUGUUCCCCUUUUCACUUUUUAAACCUGGCACCAAAGCACAGUGGUAACUGAGAAGCUCAUGGAGCUUUUGGGUGUCUUGUGCUAUGAGCUAAUAUCACUUUUGGCUGCCUGCAUCAAGUUUAAUUUAAGGAGUGCCUGAAUUAUUUCCCUUUUUCCAAAUUGUUUCAUGGACAUAAUAUCAAUGUUACAGCCCAGGCCCAGUUAGCAUUUCUGUUGUUUGUAUGAAGCAUCACACAAUAUGUGUUUUGGAUAACAGUGACAGGACAGAAACUCUUCACUGUUUCUUUGAAACCAAAAACAAUGAACGUACCGUUUCUUCUACAGCUGAUACCAAGGAGGUCCUUUUUUUAGAUUAAAGCAGAAUUUAACACUAAAAAUAAAGUGUUGUUCUUACUUACAUCUGCCUGCGGUGCUGCUGUAUGAUGCUGUCGGCUAAAGUUUUCUGUCCUGUUGCCCGGUAACAGACAAACUGAGACAUGAGUUAUUUUGAACAAAAGGAACAAACAGCUGACUAAGUAAAUCCCCUCAUAGUUCGUUGAAGUAGAUUAUAAAAAGAGUCACAGUAUUAUGACAUGCUCUCUCAUCAUCAGGAGAUUUUCAUCACCUGAUGAAAUGGGUGUAAGCUUUUGUUUCCAAUUAAGGAACAGACAAUAUAAUCAAAGCUGUGUUAAAAAGUACAAAUUUAAACUCUGUAGAAACCCCACAUUUCUGUGAAUUUCUUUUAGUUUCUCUUUUGAAUAGGGGUUUGUAAGUAAACAAGUUAUCUCUAGAGGUUCAAAUAAAGCUUCCUCAGCGUAUUGUAACCUUUAUAUAUUUGACUGUGCUUUAUAUAAUAGCAGUGAUUAGCUUCACUGAUUGCCUCUUGUCCCAUUUUUGUUUCUCAUUGUAACCACACAGACAAGAUGUCAGUCAAAACACACCAUCGUAUGAGUGUGUGCGUGUCAUUCAUUAAGUACACCAAUCAAAAAUGGCCUCAGCGUGUGUGCGUAGCAGUCAAAAUAGGCCUGCAGGUCUUUUGUAACAUGCAGACAGAAAUCCUUUGCCUCUCAUUCAGUCCGCUACAUCCAUCAGAUAGAACAAGAUAGGAGAUAAACACACAGGCGCACAAAACAUCGCUCAUUGUUCUCGACCCAAAAGAAACGUCUCAGUUAUCAAGACCUCUGGCAUGACGGUGUGUUAUGGAGCGAGAUAAAGCACCGUAGCUUAAGGAGGAUCCGUUUAUCAUUUUGUUGUUGUCGCUCUCUGACAGCAUGAUUACAGCUGUACUAUCAAAACACUUCCUCCUCCUCCUGCAGCGGGGAGAUCACACCUUCAGUCAGGUUGCCUCAGCUGCUAACAGAGUUUUUACUGUAAGACUUUGAUGCAGUUUUGACUAGGCUUUAUCUUUUUUUACUUUGGCCGUAUUCACAUGUGUGCUUAACUCCUAAAGAUUUACCAAAAUUUGAAGGGUUGGCAUGUGUGAACACCAGAGAUGCCACUUAGAAUGGCAUCCACAUGUGCUUGUAAACUGUAGUUUCUUCAGGUUUGCUACAGCUGUUUUUCACAUAUUAGACGAAAUUCCUCACUGAAUUGCCUUUUUGAAGUAUGCCUGUCACUAUUCUGUGCAGGUAAAUGUCCAGUGGAGGACAUGGAGGAGAUGGAGGUGGAGUCACUGAGGCAACAUCUAAUUCGUAACAGCACAAGUUGCACAAUUAGCAUUUAGCCUGAAUGUUGCUUCCUAAUAAAAGGCUCAGUGUUGUAUUAUCAUCUGAAGAGAAAAUUUGAUGGGUUGAUUUCUUAGACAGAGCUUUUAAUGUCAUGAAGCUGGUUCUCUCACAAAAUCCAGAUUUACCUGGCAAAGCUGACCUGUUUGGGAUCAGGUAAUAUUGAGAGCUAAGAGCCGUGGCCUUUAAGUAUAUUUCUGAGGAUGUCUCUGUGGGCAAUUAAGAUCUUCAACUAGAAUAACAAGUACAUAAAUAAAACAAAAUGAAACUUCAGUGUCAUGUUGAUAGCACCCAAACUGCAAGCCAGUGUGCAGGGUGGUAAUUUAUUUAUAAUGUGACCUGUGUGUGACUGGUGGGAUCUCUUGUGUAUAUAAUGGAGCUGCUUCCUAAUCCGCUGAUGGUCAGUAUCUUCCUUUACGCGCACUUGUUGAAACUGCAAAUAUUUACAAUUUUACAAAGCACUCGGGUAAAAAAAUCUUGCUGGUAGGUGAGUGAGGCAGCUGAGUAGUGGGUGCAGGAACAGGGGCAGUCUUAUGGUGACUGUUGCUGUGUUAAUACUACUACAACAGCUGAAAACAAUAGACUGGCAGCUUAGGAAAGCUGUUAACAGCAUAUAAAGUAAAACUACCUUCAUAGUGAAUAACGUCUUAACCCCAACUUUGCAGUAAACACUCUACACAUCAGCUCAGCCAAGUCUGCAUGAAGUCAAAACAACAUGAUUUGGCUGUUUGCAUUCACAUUUGCAUAUAUUUUUAAGGGGAAUUUUUGCAGAAACUAUUUAGAGAGCAGUACGUGUGAGAAAAAGCAUUGUAGUCUGUUAAUUUGUUGAUGUCACCUAACAAAUAUUUUGUAGUACAUGUGUAUAUUGUAUGUCCUUAUAAUUUUUCUGUCAUUAGAAGCAAAUUAAACAAAAAAAUGAAUAUUCUUUGACAUAACUCGUAAGCAGUCUGAUGGCCUACUGAUAUUGCUUUUUUUAAUAUAAAUAUAAACCCACAGGAACAUGUGUUAUUGUGUUGGCCUUUUCACUAAAAUACACAAUACUGGCAUAAUGUUGCAUAUUGUAUCAUAUAAUAAGGAUAUCAUUGCUCCAGUGUCUGAUCUAAGUCAGCUGACUAGUUUCUGAAAGCAAAAGAGGCAUGAAGGGUGUCACAAUGUAGAGUAAUGUGGUGCAUACUGAAACACAAGUACAGGGCUUUCAUAAUGUAUAUGUAACAUGAGCUCACUGGAUGUUGUGGAGAAACUGGAAAGCGGUCUUGUUGUGACGUUGCUCUAAUAUUGGAGGAUGUGAAAAAUAUUACAUGUAGGUUUCAUAACAUGCAUGAGUCAUAAGUGGAGAUGGGUGAAAGGGUCAGAGUGUUUCAUAGUCAUAACCACGAAAAAGGAAAACACAGAUACACUCACCCGUUUACUCAUCCAGACAGCUGGUAGCCGUGUUUGGCUUCGCCUUCGUUAAGAUGCACGCUCCGCACAUUUAUCACUGUGACUGUUUUGCAAAGAUUCAUUCUUGAAAUUUUCUCGUCUCUAUUCAUCAAUAAAAGAUGAUAAAUGUUUCUCACACUUGAGUUAAAUAUACAUAAAUUCUCUUUAUUUUGUAAUCCUCAUUCUCACGUUCACAAAUACAUCCUCUAUGUCAUUCAAAGCAAAAAAAGCAUUGUGAGAAUGCACCGUUAAAUGAUCUCAACAAUGUCAAAACUAGAAAUAACCUUAAGUCUUUAUGCUUGAGUUGUUUGAUUGUUCAGUUUUCAAAAAUGUAGCUUCUAUAUGGAUUUGCAGGUGCACCAUACAGGCAACAUUACACUUCCUCCUUUUUAAUGUGUGUUAGUGAGACAUCAGACUUCACAACUCCUGUGUAAAUAGUAGAUGACUUUUAGAGACAUGACAAAUGAGACGACAGACAAUUGAAUUUCCCUUCAGGGAUCAAUAAAGUUCUUCUUAUUCUUGGAUAAACAUCAUACGAUGGAAGUUUCUCAAAAUGACAAUGUGAAAGAAUUUAUAUCUUUUAUGCAAAAAAAGUUGGAUCCAACCAUUGUUUGUCGUGUGCAGCUCUCCAAAUAUGAGUUAUUUAAUUGUAUAUAAGUAUAUUUUAUUGUAGUUGAAAUUUAUCAAAACUAAUUUCAGAAAAUCAGGUCUUAUUUUUCUAACUUUUCUAAUAUUUUAUGAAUACAAUACAUAACUGCAGCCAGCCAUACUAGAUCUGUUCAUAUUCAGGUAAGCUUUAAGUUUUUGCAAAAUGAAUGACACACUCAAUAGUGUCAUUUUGCACAUCAAUAACACAACAUUUCAGUCUUUAUCUUACACAAUGUUCACCACACACCCCCACAUAUCAGUCAUUUAACACUUUUGGCAUCAUUUGUUGAUCAACAGCUACAGCAGGUGUGUUUUUGCUCUUCAUUUCAACAUAGAUUGUCUGUAGUCAUUUGUCUUGCCUUUGUUUCUCUGGCCACAAAAACAGAAGACAGACAGGAAACCACUUCCACCUACAGUAAUCUCUCUGAUGGACUAUCUGUCGCUGGGUGAUGGGCGGUGAUUAGUUUUUUGCUCGGACUGUCAUUCUCUUAUGUAUGUCAACAAAUGCAGCAAAUACAUGGGCUCUCAUCUCUUUGCCAUAGAUCGAGUUUAAACUCGAAAAACUCUCAGAAAUGUUUGACUUUCUUGAUUUAAACCCCAAACACUAGAGCACCCAGACUCCAGACUAUCACAUUUGGGAUUUCACUUGUCUCAGUGGAGGGGCUUUAAACCCUUUUUCAUAACAAAACUGUCCUAUAUUAGUGAAGACUUUUUUGCCUCUUUCUUUCAGGACACUCUCCCAGCCUCUCUAGCCCGCGGCAACGAAACACAGCAGGGGACAUGCAGACAGAGGCGAUCGGACGAGAACUCCGACGGAUUGGAGACGACUUUAAUACGCUGCUGCUAAGGGUCAGUGAUCACAGACUCUGUUAAGGCAUGCAUACAUGUGUGUGUGUGUGUGUGUGUGUGUGUGUGUGUGUGUGUGUGUGUGUGUGUGUGUGUGUGUGUGUGUGUGUGUGUAAAGAGAGAGAGAGAGAGAUUGAAUCUGGGUAUAGAGUCCCCACCCACAGCCACAUACAUAUGACUCUCAAGUGAUUGGCUUGCAGACGAUAAAAUUCAGGGUAAUUGCAUCGACUUUAUCUUUCUUUUACACGCGUUUUCAAAAGUCAAGUUCCAUCUGGAUAAGACUGGAAAUCCCUUUUUUCAAAGUGAUUUAUGUUCCUGUCUAACAUGAUUUACUGAAAUCUUUUUCAUAUACCAUUCAUUAGCCAGACUUCUUCAAUAAAUCACAAUGUGCUGUACAGAAAUUUAAACAACAAGAGCAAAGAAACAGUAUUUGUCUUUAUUGCCACAUUAAAUGCCGUCAUGGCUGAUCAGAAGGAGCUUGAGACCAGCUGAUUAUCUGCACUGUGCUCGGGGUGAGAAAACCCAAAAUGACUUUUGAUCAGAAAAUAACCAAGCAAACGGCCUGGAGGAACAUAAAAUCUAAAUGUCACGGUAACCACUGCAUUGACAAAAUAAAACCUCAAAACAAAACGACACAGACGCCAUGUGAAAGGAAAAUAAUAGAAGAGAGCUUUAGUCUUCUCUGCAAGGCUGUGUGCGGGCUUCCAGUAGUGGAUAAGAAAUAGAAGUGAAACAGUCGUACCUGCGAUCCAUGUUGAAAUAUCUGAACAAUCAUGUUCUCGAUGAAGCUGGUUCUGAAUGUAAAGACAAAAUUUAACAGCCAGUAUAUACCCUUCAUCAGUUUCUGUGAAGUGUAUUACUAUAGACUGUAUAUAGAAUGGACGUCGUCUGCCUCCUUGCUGGGUGAAGCCACCACGAGAACAGCACCCUCUGGUGACGGGCUGCAGUAUAGGUCAUAAAUCCCGCCUCUGCCAGCCAUCCUUAUGGGGCUGUGGACAAACUUUAGAAAUUUAUUACACAGAAAAUAUUUUUUUCUCCCCCCUGCUUGUGAUGUUGACAUGUAGUUGUAACACUGGUUUGUGCUCAAGUCCUCUUGAAAGCACAACCAAGUUGUCCAUAGUAUAUACAGUCAAUGGGUAUUUCUGAUAUGGAAUACUUUGUCUUAAAAUAAGUCGCGCAUUGGCUGUAAUGAGAUAAAUGAGCAAAAUCCAGAUAAUCUCCAGAGUUCCGUUUUUCAGAAAGAGAAAAUUAAGACAAAGUAAAAAUUCAACAAAAGUUCCUUCUGGAGUUUUUUGAUCCCUAGAUGUACAACCAUAAAUCAUUUUAAUUGGUGCUCAAGCUUGAUAUGUGAAAUGACAGUUGAAAUAGUGUGACUGUUGCUUUACUGUAGAGAUAAUCACUUUACUGCAGGGAGUAUAAAUCUUUAAAUAGUUCAGCUUAGUUCACUGCAAAGUUGCGUAGCCGGGAUAAGAGUUCAUUUCCUCUUGGCUCCUAUUUCCCUGGCAACAUUUCUGCAUGUUGCAUCAUCAGAGUUUCAUUUACUCCCCUAUCAAAGAGCUGACUGGGGCUUUGGGAAGAGGGAAAAACAUCAGCGCUCACUUUAAUCUCCUCACAGAAACAGAAUUUUUGAAUAAAAUCGAAAGCAGGCUCGACAGGGCGGUUUAUCCCAGUGGGGAGCUUCAAAUGCUCCCUUGGUGUCAAAAGCUUAACAGCAAUGAAGCUACAACUCUCCAGCCAAGCAGACUAAUUACUUUUUUUCCCCCUCUGCGUUCAACCUUCUGGGUACAAAUGAGCCCCGAACAGCAAGAGUUAAACCUCUGUGCCCUCCUGCUUCUGAAUUUUCCACCCCUAACAUGCACACAUACUCAACCAAGAAGCCAUGGAGAGCCUUUAGGGAUGUGAUUUGAGUUUACUUGUGGCUCCAGCAGUCAUCACAUCCUUCCAAGACCUGUCAUUAACUCAGCUGGGUUACUCAUCUAUCUUUCAAACUUAAGUUUUGAUGCAUUUCCAUGUAUGGACUCCCAGAAGCUGUCAUGAGUUACAUGUCAAGAUCCAUGUGAGACAAAGCGCUGCUGUGACUAAAACUGCAGAGGAAGAGAAACAGAGGAAGGUUGGAGAAAUACGUGAGAAUUUGAUGAGUCAAGGUUGUGACUCAACAUGUAGUCACGGUACAAGAAAGACAGAAAGAGAAAGAUGAGACAAGUAUGUGUCCAUGUACGUCUUGGCAGUGUGAACUUGGUGGACUUGUUCAGAGUUGUGUUGUGUCCAAUCUCUAUGCUAAAGAUCACAGAGGAGACAGACAAAAGAGGAACAUGGAGGCUUGUUCCUUUUUCUCAUGCUAGGUGUUAGUAUUGCUGUGACGAAGAGCACAAGCAUGUUUUCACAUGAUUUUACGACUCCAGUAGUAUAUGAUAUUUUCAGGAAUUUCACAUUUUAUUCAUAAUCUUUGCUAUCAAGAUGAGAAGUUGCCCCAAGUAUUGUCUAAAUUUCAUCUCAGAUUUCUGAAAUUCCCCAUAGUGGUUGAACACACCUGCGUUUGCUGAUGAAAGCUAUGAGCCAUCUUGUUAUUGUCGACCUUUUGGCCAGUGACCACACUUAUCAGCAGUCUAAGAUGUCUACAUAAAAGGGUUCAGGUCAUGGCACUGCAGCAUAAAAUGGAUUUACUUCCUUGUUUACAGGUAAAAAACAAAAAGAAGAUAACAAAAAUGCCUGUUUAGAUUAUAAGAAUGUGCAAGACUCACAGUGAAGGAGAGGAAAUCAGUCUAGAAGCGGAACGAUCUAAAUGGAGCUCGAGGAAAUUUCUGAGCAAAAGAAAAUUUCACAUAGUUCCCAACAAUCCGAUAAACUUGCUUAACAUGGUCAUAAAACAGGCCUAGCAGGAUAAGUGAAUUAUCCUCAAUCAUAUCAUUUCAUCCAGUCCUGCAUGAUUAGACAAGGACAGGCUGAAACUUUGAAACAAGGUUGUUUGCAUCUCUGGCAUCAAAACAAGGUCCAAAUUUUUGUUAUUUUGUUAGAUGUCAGAAAAUUCAGAAGACUGUAGUGACCUCUAGAUUUCUCAAAGUGCCACCUGGACACUGGCUUUUCUUUCUUUUAAGCCAUCCACCGCUGGGUUUUGAUAUGCUUUUUAACUUGUGCAUUCAUGAUGCCCAGACGAUGAACCUUCAGAGGUUUCCUCACCGCUGUCACUCUUCCGGGAAAUACCCAGAUUUUUCUCCAUGUGAUUUCUUGUGAGUGAGAUUUUUCAACGUCUUAAAGGAUUAUCUAAAACAUGUAGCAGACUGUUAGAUGUGUAUGUUCCCCUCAGCACAAACUCUUUAUGCUAAUAGCUCAAUCGAUAUUGAUUCCCAAACUUUUCGGGGCUAUGUCCUCUAUUGUUGAUUUCUAUGUUGACAGUGGCCUUUUUGUUUUCUAAUCAAACCAAAUACAGUUCAUUUUAGGAUAGACUCAAUGGUCGCCCAGGGAAGUCAAAAGUGCUUCAACACAAGUUUUGUAACCUAGCAACAGUUAAGUAUUAGAGAAGCACUCACUCACACACUUGUCAACCAAUAUUAUGGUUGUGGGCGCUGUCAACGUUAAAAUAGGGUUGCAAACAUAGCCCAUAUAGCGCCACCAUCAGGUAAAAAAAUAAUGAUUUAAAAUGGAUUAUAUAACCAGAUACCUGUAAAAUAAUGCAAUUCCUUCAUGUUUAGCUCAACACAUAAGUGGUAGUGGCAGCUGAAGUGAUUUAGUCCGUCAAAAACACAAAAUCUAGUUUAAAAAGAGAUGAAGCCCAUGGUAAUGUUACUAUCUCCUUGAAUUUAUCAGCAGGCUCUGGGGGGAAUAUCUGAGCACACUCUGACAUGUUCCCACAUAAUUACCACCUUAUCAGUCCAUGACUCUUGAACGCUGGGCUGUGAACAUGUUGCCAGCCAGAGGAGUCAUAUUCAGUUUCAUUGCCCCAUGGCGUCGGCCAAGAGGCAGGGCUGCAUCACUUCAGGCUGUGGAGGCAACACAGUGACUCACAUCAUCUGCGAACACAUACGCACACACAAACACACAGGUGCUUCCUCCUCGGUUCAGCUCUUUUUAUUGCCGGAGAAAUUAAGACAGCAAUUUGUAAAAGUACCUUUUGUGUGCAAACCAUAUUGAGGUGGUUAGGUGAAAAUGUACACACCAAAGUGUAUAAUAACCAAUAAAAUUACAUAUUUGUUUUUUCAGUGGUAUUUCUCCCUCGCACUGGCUCUGCCGUCUUUGUUCUCAUUUAUUCCAGCCUCUCUCACCCCCUCCUUCUCUCUCAGUUAAACAUUUACACAAUGUGUGCGUGAUUAUGUGUGUUUGUUUUCAAAAGUCUGCAACAUACAAAGCAUGCAGGCUGUGUGUGCGAGAGAGUCUGUGUGUAUGAGUGUAUGAGUGAGUAUGUUUUUUGUGUGAGUGGUGUGACAGUCCAGUGUCCGUGACAGUGUGAAUUCAUUAUGGCUCAGCCCUGUGGUUAAAGUACUCUCAGGGAGCAAAGCACAAGGUCUAAUUAUCCUGCCAAAGCACACAAACACGCACACACAAAAGCACACAAACACUUAGAGACAGUCAAACACACAUUUUUAAACACACACAAACUGUCAUCUUCCAGUAGGAGGUAAAGCCCUUUGUCCUGCAGUCUAAAAUAGCUCUGAGAAACUCUGUGCAGCUGUCUGGUGUUGCAGGCUGGCAGUUAGUGUUUUUGUUCAUUAUAGUGGGUGUGAAUGAUGAAGAGCAGAAGAAAAUUCAAUAUUUUUAACCCUCGUUUGACCAAAAGUGCAUUUAUUUUCGCUCAUUUAUUUCAUCACCUCCAAACUUUCAGAUUAACAACUUAGUUGUAUUUAGUGACAAAAUGUGAUCAAGUCUGAGUACACUCUGUGUUUUAGAGUUGAAGAAAGUCUGGUAGACGGUCAUCUCUUUCCAUCACAGUUCAUUUUAUACCUAAAUCAAUAUAUUGAUAUUUUUUGUAGACAAGUAUCGCUUAUGAAAGAGGACAAAAAAAGUCCUCUGAGUGCUGAGGAUAGUGACAGAAAUGACAUGUGAAGCUGAGAGUGACACCUUAACCAGUGCAGCCUCUUUGUGCAGGUGUUGGCGUGUUGCACAUGAUUGCAUAAAAGAUAAUGGACAGACAGAUGUUAACCCGGUGAAUGUUUAGUUUAGUUUAAACUUCAUUAUACACUCUGUAAAAUAAAUAGCUUCUAUUUUGUCAGGCUACUCCUGAACAGCUCUGAAAAAGUUUGAAAUUAGGUGUGGUAGUUAGAGAGUUACAGAGUUCAAGAGCGAGGAGGAGAAAAAAAGAAAGAACAAAACAAAGCCUGAGUCAGUGUGCGUGUGUGUGCAUGUGUGUAGUAGUUCGGUGUGUGCUUGUAAGUGUAGCCUUGUUUAGAGAGCUAUUUUGAGAGCUAGCAUAGUAAGUUGUGGUGACCAAACAAAAUCACAUGAGCUUCUUGGAAUGGACUGACUCAAUUUUUCCACUGUGAAGAAAAAAAAAAAGAGACGACAAAAACAGCAAUAUGAGAAAUCUGACAAGCUUUGCAUUGAACAUGCAUUUAAUUUUUCCAUGUCUUUAGGCUGCAUUUUUUGAUCUGGAAACCUGAAUAAUAACAUUGGAAGAAUACAUGAGAUUAGGUAACGUCAAAUCAUGUCAGCUGGUGUAAAUGUGUGUAUAUGUCCUCUUUAUUUUCCAGAUUUUCUCACUUUUGAGGAUGCCAGUAAAUUCACAUUGGUUUGCCAUGAGCACUGUAAUAUUCAUCUGACAAAAUUACAAAAUUUUAACAUUAAGGUUUAAGUUAACAGUGAGCAGCUGUUGCAGCUCUACUUCUAAACAUAUUUGAAAAUGUCAGUCAAAAAGAUGUCUCUAAAUCACAUGAAAUCCCAUUUUGCUAUUGUAGAAAUACCAGACAUGUAAUCAACAUUUUCGGUGCUCUGUAACAACCGUGGACAUUUGCAGCAUUAUCAUUUCAAAUAAAUCUGCAGGUACUGUCCACAUGACUUGUAACAUCUUGUUUGACUGGUCGGCUGAAUGACUGUAUGUAUAGUUGAUUUACUGAUGCAGUGAUUUACUCUUUUGGCUUUUCUGGUUGACUGGUUAUCUAGUGAGUUGACUGGCUGACUGCCCAUUCUCAUAUUGCGUCACACUAGCACUAUUGUGUGCAGGUGUUUGUUGUAAAAAAGCAUUUGGAGUGCACAGCAGUGACUAUGUCUGCGUGUGUGUGUGUGUGGGAACAGCAGGGAACUAUUUAUGGCAGCAGGAUUGUUAUUCUCAGAUCAAGUGAUUUGUGGAAAGAGUUUUGAGUUGAAGGUGUUAUAGGAUUGCCCAGGUUAGCCUGUGUGCAUACAUGUGUGGGUUUCCUCUUCUAUAGUCUUGUGAUAUAAGGUUGAAAAUCAAUACUGUUUAGUAAAACUGGUUUUACUGAAGCUUGAACAUACAUCUGCUUCUGUUUGCACAGGGAAUCCAGCCUCAGUGAGGCCUGUGAAAUAUGACGAAUGACCUAUAUUAAAAACUUGUUGCUAUAUUUGUUAAGCUUCCUGGUAUACAAAAGUCGUUCCUAGAGAUAACAAUUCUUCGAAAAUUCUUAGAAUCAUGAGGUUUUCUUUGACUUUACCCCUUAAAGUUCAGACCAGAUAAAGAUAAGAUAAAAGUUAUUCACAAAGCAUCUGCACACUAAAGAGGAGACUGUAAGUAGGUGUUGAAAGGACUUUUAAGGGGCACAAGAUUUUAUCAGCAGAGGAAAAAUGGUGUGAAAACAGGGAUGUAGCAGUGACAUAGAAAUGCCCUUUAAACAGUAAAUGGCAGCAAACUCAUUAAACCCUCCCCUUAAACCGAAGGCCAUGUUUAUAGUAGAUCUCAUUAGUGAUAAAUGGUAAAUAGAGUAUACUUACAUAGCAUUUUCUCUAGUCUCCAGAUUCUUAUACUGCUGGAACAGCCACUAGGUGAUGUAAGUGAUGUAUGGACAGCAGGACCUGGAGUCCAACCCAAGUCCACUGAUAGGGGGUUAAUCACUGAUCAGAGCAUUAAGAUAAUUAGCAACUUGAGAAAAACAACAGAUUCACUUGCUAUGGUUUUCUGUGAGCCGGUAAGCCUAGAGCAGGGAGUCCUGUCAUUAAUGAGAGGGGUGAUAAAAGCAGAUUUCACACCAGUUAAUAAGUUUUAAAUGGUUAAAAAAGAGGAAGUAGCACAAAUGGCCAUCAGAUAUAUUUGGGUAGCUCACAGAGUUAUUAGUCUGUGUGGAAAAUACUGCUCUGACUUGUGGACAUGUGAUUUUAAACCUUUUGUAGACAAUUUAGUACCAAAGCAUUCACACAAAUAAACUGUGAUUAUAAUUGCACAAUGUCUGGCUAGAUUUAACGAGUGUACUAAUUAAUUUUAUUGACCUUUGCCAACCUGUAAACCUAUUCCUUAUCUUACACUAGGCAAACCUAUGACACUGGCGACACACCCCCUUUCAGCUCAUUACAAUUGGGUCGUCUCUCGGUUGACCUUUUUCGUACCAAAACAAUUGACAAAACAUGCUAGCAAUUGGCUAACGAGAUGUAUGUCAAACAGUGAAAACACCAUCACUUUUACAGCUCUAACCCUUUAGUUUGUAGAGAUGACAGUUUCAUCUUUUUGUACUUCCUCUCUUUUUCUGUCUUGUUUACUACCUGGCUUCUUAGCAACACAUUUGUUCUACUUCCAGGCCAAAGCCAGCAAGUGAACUCUUGAGCAUGCACAAAGUUUAGGCCAGUUUCAGUCAGAUAGAAGAGCAGACAUGAUAGAGAAAACCACUGCCCAAUUUUUUAAUCUAGGCAUGUUAGUCCAACUAUGACAAGUUUAAUGUAGAGCAAUUUCAGUCAGAAUAACGUGUUAACGUGUGUUUAAAAGUCCUGUUUCAUUCAAACAUGUACAUGUAAAUGAACUGAACUAAACAAGGUGCAAAUGACCCCGGGCUGCCCUGAAGUAGGGCGAUGGUAAUAUCCCCCAUAAUCUGCUGCCUCACAGAUUAUGGUUCACUGCCCUCCACAACUGUGCACAAUCAUUCAAAACAACUAAAACUGCUGACUACCCUCUUUCCUGGUUGUGUAGUCAGGUGUCAUCAGUAUAUCAACAAUCGAAGAUCUUGCAAGCUUUCAGUGAGUAUGCUUUAUGUCACGAGGCCCAUAAAUCUGACAACCGGGGCCCUCUCUCACUCGGCACCCUACAGACCGUACUGACAGUUAAAUCAUUAGAGCGGUUCAUGAGGUGAGGACAGCGCCCAGAAACUCUGCCAACUUAAAAACCACAAAGGCUCUGCCUGUCUUUCAGAGCUGCCAUGUGAGGAGACGAGACUCUAAUGUGCAACAUGAUAAACACUGCUGCGAGCAAAUUAACAUUAAUUACAUCAAUCAUACAUUUUGAUAGCAGAAAGCAUAAUUACUUUUCUAAGACAAGAAAUGGCGUAACUUGAGAAAGUCAAACUAUGAAAACAAAUGAUACUGAUACUGUUUUAAAAAAAAUGUGCUCAUGAGUUUAAAAUCUUUUGCAACUUUUUGUAUAAAGUAAGAGGAUCGUGGAUGUCAAAUGACCAACCUUUGGAUUGAGUGCUGCCAAAUGCAACCAGAGGCUAAAAUAAUGGGUGUUUACUUACAUGAUAUGAAACAAUUAUACAGUACAUGCACACAUAGACAUACACACACACACACACAGUGCUGAUCCGCCCUACGUGCUCCACUAGUUUAAGUCAUCCCAUCUUGUACUCAAGUUGUCACCUCCAUUGCCAGUUUAGAGGUGAGAUGACUCAGCACCACUGUGAUGUUAACAUUGAAGGCGUGGGGUGUUGACAUCAAGCUUUAAACUGACAGUUAAAUAGGAACUUAAGGAUCACCAAACUUCAAAUGCGUGUUAUGGUAUUGUUUAAUUAAUCCAACGUGAAUGUCUGAACUUCAAACUUGUUUUGAAGCCAAUCUAUCCAAUAUUUUCAGAGUAUCUAUCAAAGUAUUAAUGUAGAAAACUAGUCAAAAACUAAUUGUAAGCUGUGGUUGAAGCUUUGCUUUGGAUAGCUUGGGAUUAGCUAGGUUGCCCCCAAUAACCAACACAUGUUCUUGGAUUCUGUCCUUUUUACAGGUUUUAUUAUUUUUUACAUUUAUGGAUUUCUUUUCUUUGUGUCUACAUUAAAUCUCUAUCCUCGUUGGAUGAACCCAGGCUUGUCAUACUGUUUCUGUACAGGAAAUCUGGAUCAGCUCUUGUCCAGUUCAAAUAUCUGAUGACUCUGAGGUCAUUUUUUGUAACCUCUUAGUUUGAGUCAUAGGGAGCCAGAUGUAGAAUUUAAAGCUGAGUGAUUCCUCAAAAAGGGUUAAGUAGUCUUCCCCUCACCUGCUUCCUCCUCUGGCAUUCGGGGUUUCUGUGGUUUUGGCUUGUUUUUCAAAUCAAACCACAGCUUGAUUCCUUUCUUGCUCUUGCCUGUAAAGAUCUCUGUUUUUUAGAAAACGGUCUUGCCUCAGGAAAAGAGGUUCAUUCUGUGCCAGUCAAUGUCUGUUGGUGUUGUUCCCUCCAUCCGGCUGUAUUUAACAAGCGUCAUGCCAUCCUCAUACAGAAAACUGCUCCUUACUCUUAUCACUCACCUGUUCUUGUAGAUGCUUGAAACUAUAAGUUUUCUUUAUUUCGAUCCUCAUCAGGCAGUGCAAUAAUGUCUGCUGGUGGUUAUGAUUUUUUUUAUUUUUUUUAUUAUUGUUUGUUUUUUGGUGUAAACAAAGUUUCUAGUUAAAUUCUGUUAAAUUCAUAAAAUGUGGACACUCCAGUCCACUCCUCACCAGGAUGCCUGUUGUUUCUGGGAGUGUUUCACCGGUGACCAAGCUUCCUAGUAGUGGGUUCCCACCCAGAGGACUUGUCCGUCCUUUCCGCUCACCAGCAAAUCAGCAAGAGGCUGCAGCUGCUGGAGCGAUGGACUGAUGCCAAGACUCAGGGUUUCUUUAGCAGGGAUUGAGAGCAAAAAGGAAACACCUGUUUCUGUCAACAGUGUGCCAAGUGUGUCUGCUGAAAGGUGCUAAAAUAGCAAAAGGCAGGAAAGACUGUUGAUGUGUACAAUCUCCUCAUCACAAGAACUCUGACUCCACUUAUUAACAGGCUUUUCCUCCUUAAUGGUGUAACAUUUGCUUGAAGAAAUACCUGGAGACUGGGCAGCGUUUGUAAGACGUAUAAAUUCAGCCAGACUCAGCAGAAUUGUCUUUGGCUGUCAUUGGCUUUUUGAAGUGCAGCUGAAUUUUAAAAACUAAAAUUUUGGAGAAAGUCAUGUAAAUAAUGUCAUUCAAACUCGAAUGGAAAUGACAGUAUCAAUGUGUGUCAUGUAAGAGAAAUAUUUUGAAGUUUUAUCAUUUUUACAAAAGUUGAUGUAAAGGACAACUUUGAAUUGAGUCUUAACUUGAGUUUGGGCUUUAGACCUCAUGUACAGCUGCAUUAUGGGAAAUGUAGGAUCCAGAUGUUUUGAAACUUAUGUCUAGUAAACAAGGAAAGGUCAGUGUAUGUCACCCCCCUUUUUGAAACCCACCACAUGAAAACCCCUUCUGUUUAAUGGUCAUGCAAUAUAAAAUGAAUUUACUUCUUCAUCAUUACCAGCAGCUAUCUUUACAUGAUUUUUUUAUAUGUUAUCCAACACCUAUCAUUAAAAAAAACAAACCUAUAAACACGUGUUUCACAUAUGCAUUUAUUUACACAUUGAGGUGAGGAAAUCACACCUGGAGACAAGGAGGGGAAGAGGAGUUAUGGCAGGAUGUAGAGGACUGUACUUACCUGCUUCCUGUGGAUGUAAACAUGAGGCGUACUGUAUGUGUGUGUGUGUUUGUGUGUGUGUGAGAUUAUCUUUGAUUUUCACUCAUCAAGAGACAUCAGGGUGUGUUACUGAACAUUUGAUGUAUAUUUCAUCUUUAUGUUCCCAGAACAUUUUGUGAAAUAUGAGAGCAAUCUGCAGCAUCUAAUUAGUUUAUCCAUAACAUCAUGAACUUUCCAUGCAUUUAGCCUUAAAGGGUCUGCUGGUUCUUAAGUUAAGCAAAGAAAACAAUCUGUUUUUAUGCAUUUAGCACAGAACUGCCUUGGAAAUAUAAUAUCAAAUAGUUCCUACUUGCCAAAGCUAUUGCUGUCUCCUGUAUAGUUCAUCAAGAUAGAAACACAUAAUCAAUCUUUCCCCCCAAUACUAGAGCUAUAGCUGACAAGAACAACACUCAUUUGUAUAUUUAAUGUCUUCUGCCUUUUCCAGGGUAUGGUGGGCCGACGUGUACAGGAUGAGAUCCAUCCAAACCCCCAGCCGCACAUUCAUCCGGAGCCCACCGUGCUGCUCUGCGUGGGGCUCCUGAUCCUCAUCAUUGGACGGAUCAUCUACUUACAUGGCCAUUCAAACAAUCAGGACCACUCUCAGGUGUAGCCUUUGGGAAACCCAGCAGACGUAGCAUUUUCCUUCAAUAAUGUAUUUGUAUUGUAUCACAUUUUUAGACUUCUGUUUUGCCAAAGGGGAACAUUUUUUCCCAGCAUUCUUCCCUUUACAUUUGGAAAUGAAGACUUUGGAUAAUGUUUGUAUUAAUUUUUUUAAUGGAGAUCUUGAAGAACUCUAAAUUGCCUGGGUUUUCACCUUGGUUUUUUUCCAUCACCAUCUUUGAGCCAUGGGAAUUCAACCAAAGAGCCAGGAUUUUGCACUCUUUUCCAGGACUUGUGAGUUAACCCUGUGGAACUAAAAAAGUGCCUUGUACAGUUUACUUUUUAAGUCUUUUUUAAGGUGUUUGUACAGAAAGAUAAGUUUGUUUGGAUGAUCAACUCUCCCCAGGGUUGUUAAAAUGCAAGGGUCCAGUCUAGUCAAUUGUCAAUGUCUUUUUCACUGAAGGUUUCACUGCAGACAUGUCAGGAUCCAGCAUGCAAACUGGACCAGGACUUCAACUGAUUUUUCCUUUUGUUGUUGUUUUUUUUUAUCCAACCAUUUUCCCAAAAAAGUCUGUGCUGUGUCUGCUUAUAACUGUGUCAACAACUGUUUCGACUUUGUUUUCACCCACACGGAUGCAUUGUCUCGACGGUUAUCCUUUAAAUCGUAUUUUUAUUCCAUAAACGUUUAUGACCAAUCCUCAUCAAGAUGGUAUUGAUAUCCUGGAUAAAUUUGGAGAAGUUCAUAAAGUAUUGGAUUUGGACUUCAUCGAACAAGAUGUUGAGAAACCACCAAACUUUUACCUUAGGAAAUUAACCGUUUUAGCUACCGUUAGCACUCCUACUACCACGUUCUAUCAAACUGGGUCUUUUAAACACUUCGCUUUUGGAAAUUCAUUCUUUAAAGUCUUGGUAUACCUUAUCUCUAAAUACAGUCUCUGCACUUGUAUUCCUGAAAAGUGAUAGUGAAAAAAGGCUUUUAAGAUUGUCAUGAAGACUUUAAGACUUUCUACACCAAUGCCAAACAAAGGAGAAGAUUACUUUGCUUUCCAUUACAGUUUCAUUUGAGUUCUGGUCAAUGUGCAACCCAACUGGAGGAGAUAAACUAUAUUUACUGUAAUCACGUCAGCCCUGUAAACCAUACAACUGUGUCAUUUCCUUUAGCUGCUUGAUAAUUCUUCCAACAUUUUCUUGAAUACUGUUACUAUUCAAAGUAUUUCUCCUCUAAUAGUCAUCUUUGCUUUGGUUCAACUGGAUUAAUAAAAAGCAGCCAGACUGAAUGUUUUUGGCAUGCACUGGUUUGUUGACAAGGUCAUGUUAUCCGUUUAUUAGAAUCAAGUGUAAAACUCAGCCAAGGCUCCUCGUGCCUGCCAGGUCAUUAAACCCUUUCAGAGAGAUUUCUGGAAAACACCCAAACACUGAAUCACACAGAGUCAAAGAGGGUUUUUGUCACGACUCCGUUUGCAAACAGUUGUGUGUCAAACUAUGAUAAUGAAGGUUUCAGAUUUAUAACAUUUGCUCAUAUUGCUCAACUUUCUAAUCUUAUUAAAACAUCAGUUCUGUUGUCAUUUGAGGAACAGACACAAAGAGGCUAUUAUUUAAUUAUUAUUUCAACUAUUAUAACAGUUUGAAACUAAUUGAAAGAAUAUCGAUUAAAAAGUUGAGUGUCUUGGCAAAGUCUUUUUGAGUUGCAUCUUUUCCCCUGAUAUUGUGUACAUUGACUUCUACAUAACACUUGUUAAGUGUUAUUGUUUUUCUCUCCCUUUGUUUUGAUGUUGAGAGCGCUGUGACUGUGUGCUGAUUUCUGAUAUUAUGCCAUGUGAAACCUUAGACCUCAUUUAGAAGUACUGUGUUACAGCUAGAGAGCAUGGCCGGGUGGAAACUGAAAGAUGAAUUACUGUCUUAUGAAACUGAUAUGGAAACCUGUGUUGAUUCACAGCCUGUGUAUGUGUGUAUGUAUGUAUGUACUGUAUGUAUGUGGCUGAGUGACAUUCAGGGCUUUAUGAUCACUGCUGGAGUUGUUUCAGCCAAUCAUGAUGCAGAAUUGUGUUUUUGUUUUUAUAGGACUUAUGACAACCAGGUCCAUGAUCUCUGAACAGGAAAAUAAACAUGAAAUAGACAUAAAUAAACAUCUUUUCUGAAUUUUAUAUAUAUAUUUAGGGGACCCAGACACUGUGGUGUCAUGCUUUAAUGUGAGUGCUGUACAAAAAUGCAUCUGCUAAGAGUAAGCGUAAGAGUCAGAUAUGAACUGAUCUGAAUGAAUUCAAAUGACCCAGUGCAACUGUAGCAUCACGUUGUCUGUUUGUGUAUAUUUUCAUUGUACACUGAAAAUAAUGUACAUGCUGUUAUGAUUUCUAAAAAUGCCUUCAUCUUUGUAAAUAAAGAUUUUAUACAUUGUACUGCA